CUAUCCCACACACAUUUCGUCUCGUUAUUUUAAUUUUUUAGUUGCACUACCUACAAAAUAAACUGCAUUUUAAAUGUUUGAUUUCAGUAGGCAAUGCAUAUUGAUGACUUUUAUACAUGAAUUUUCUUUUUUUUUCAAUCAUCUUUGAAGAAAAGUUUUUAAAAUCUAAAUUUCAAGGCAUCUACCUGCAACCACUGCCUUGGAUGGCAGCAAUUCAGCUCAGGACAAGACGCCCCAAAGUGGAUGCUUUGACUCUCCUAUUCGGACCCCAAGGCUUGGACAGGUCCCGAAGCCUGUGAUCACUGCAGAAAUGGGAUUCAGGUGACCCACAAGCACGCGCCAGACCCCAACAUCUACUGAGCAAACCAAGGGCUUCCGGCCGCGGCGGUUGCCAACUUGGCGGGUUUCCGGGGUGAGGGCGGGGCGGGGCUGAGAGACCAGCAAAGGAGCUUGGAGAAGCGUCCUCAGUUGCCAUGGAAACGAGGCCCAGCAGCAGUCUUAGCAGCCCAGAGGAGUCCUGUGAAGCUUUUCCCCAAGGAUUGCUAGUGUUCACCGGCUCUUCGGAUCGCGAUGCCAACUUGGCCAAGCAGUUCUGGAUCGGGGCGUCAAUGUACCCCCACAACGAGUCUCAGCUGGUGCUCUCCAGAGGUAGCAGCCAGCGUCUGCCGGUGGCGAGGCCUUCCAAGAGCAGUGCACAGGAGAAAACUUAUUUCCAGCCUUUUUCCCUUGAGGAAAGCAAGAGUAGAGAUGUCACUGCUGAAACCCUAAAGACUCAGGAAUCCAAGGAGAAAAAAAAGUAUCUCCAAAAGGCUAAAAAGAGAGAUGAAAUUAUCCAACUCUUAAGAAAACAAAGAGAAGAAAGGAUCUUGAAAGAACUGAUUUCCCUUCCGCAUAAACCAAAAGGCAAAGUACACAAAGCCAAGAAAGUGAUUUCAAAGUCAGAUAAAGAAGACCAGGAAGAAGUCAAAGCCUUGGACUAAUCUGAUUGACACCUGGGAGAGGAUGGCUCACUUAGAUCUUCACUUUUGAAACAACUGGCUCUUACAUCAGGAUCACUGGAAUCAAUUAAAUUAGACCAAGAAAUAAAAGUUAAAUAUGCAGCGCUUCUAGGAGUACCAG